AUGGCCUCAGAAGAGCAAAUUCCGGGUGUAAAAUACUGCGAAUAUCGCAGCAAUGUCUGGGACAACGUCCAAGUAUCCGACUUUUCCAAUGUCAACAUCUAUGAGCCUGAAAUAACCGAUGUGGAAGAAGACGAACAAGAAUUAGACAUGGAGGACGCCGAGUACACAACAGACGCGCACCUGGAAGAGAACGACACUGAAGGCGUGCCACCCCCAAGUGCAGCUCCUGCAGCCGCCCCGGAAGAGAAAACCCCCAAAGCAAGCAAGAAGAAGAAGAAGGGGAAGUCCAAGUCGCCAUCACCUGCUAAGGAAGAGAAAGCUCCCGAGGAGCCACCCUCACCCAAGGAGCCAGGCUCUCCUAGCUCCCCUACGUUUAAGAGCAAGAAGAAGGCCAAGAAGGACAAGAAGAAGAACAAGAACAAGGCCGCCGCCGCCGCUGCCGCUGAGGCCAAGGCACCCACCGAGGAGCCUGCCGAAGCCGCCGCGUCGGAGGAGGAUGUCGCUGUGGAGACCGCGCCUGCAGCCGACGCUGCUGAGGAGACUGUUACGACCGAGAAUGCCACUGAGCAAGAUACCCCUAAUGAAGCUGUUACGAGUACGACCCAGAACGACACCACUAAUGCCGAAACCAAUGACAAAAACAAUGACGAUCAACAACAACCCGAAACAAACCCCGCCGCCGCCGUCGAGGAAGCCGCCGCUGACACACCGGCGGCUGAAGAGGGCGCGGCCGAGGCCGCUGUCACCUCCGAGACCAAGGAGGAGGAGGCCAAGCCUUCAGAAGCCGAACCUCCCGUGGAUGAGGUUACGAAGAACGAUGAUGUGAAGAAUGAUGAUGAUGAAGCGAAGACGCCAGCUGCCGAGGCUGAACCUGCGGCUGCCGCUGAGGGGGAACCAGCAGCGCCCGCGCCGGAGGAGAAAGCCCCGCCUGCCGAGGGGGACACCGCCAGGGCCACCACUGAGGAACCUGCUGCUGAAGUACCAGCUGAGAAGAAGGUGGACGGGCCGAAUGCAGCUCCCGCCCCUGUCGAAGGAGGGCCCGCUCCUGAGUCUAAGGAAGCUGAGGCAGAGAAGCAGGAAGAGCAGAAGACAGAGGAGGCGCCCGUCGUCGAGGAAGCACCUGCCGCUGCUGCUGCUGCUGCGCCGGUGGAAGAGCAAAAGGCCGUGGAGGUCGAGGCACCAUCUGCUGAGAAAGCACCCAAAGCAGAUGAGGCCCCGGUUGAAGCACCCGCCGACGCCCCUGCGCCUGCUGAGUCCGUUCCCGAGCCCGCUGCCGAUGCCGCCCCCGCCAAGGAAGAGGCAGAAGCGACCGCGGACCAGCCAGCCUCGGAGGAAACCGUGGCCGCUUCUGAGCCUGCGGCCGAGGAGGCGACACCUGCCGAACCCGCUGCGGCUGCCGCAGUGGUUGGGGAGGCUGACCCAGAGCCUGCGAAGAAGGACAGCGCGGCGGCGGAGGCUGUUGAAGAAGCUGCGGAUAAAGCCCCCGAGGAGCCGGUUGCCGUAGCCGCGGCUGCUGAGGAGAAGGAGGCGCCUGCCCCCGAGGAACAGCCCGCUAGUGAAGGUGUUCCGGAGGCCGGGACUGCUGCCCCCGAAGCCGCCGCCGCAGCCGCUGAAGAGCCAGCUGUCGAAGAGACCAGGGUUGAAGAGACCGCCGCAGCCGCUGCAGCAACCGUCGAGGCUGCCGCCCCUCCGGAGCCCGAAAAGCCAGCGGAGACUACAAAUGCUACGGAAGAGUCGAAGACCGAGGCUGCUGCCCCUGAGGAGGCUAAAGAAGAAGCAGUGGCCGAGCCUGUCGCUCCUGCGGAAGAAGCUGCUGCGGAGCCUACCCCGGCCGCUGAAGAGGCCAAGACGGACAAACCAGCCGUUGCCGAACCAGCGCCUGCUGCCGACGUUGCCGAACCUGCCCCUGCUGGUGAAUCCACCGCUGAGCCCGAGGUUGCUGCUGAUGCCGCAAGCGAGGAGCCACCUGUGGUGAGUGCUGCUCCGGCCGAACCCGCGGCCGACAAGACGGAGGAAGAGGCGGGUGCUCAUGCCGAGCACGAACCCAAGGUUGAGGAGGCCCCCGUUGAGGCUCCCAGGGAGGUUGAAGCUGAGGUUGCGGCGCCUGCUGCUGCUGACGUUCCCGCUGUGCCGGUCGAAGAGAAGGCUGCGGGAGAGGCUGAGGCGCCUAAGGAAGAAGUCGCUGCCCCGCAAGAGGCACCUGCGGAGGCUGAGGUUGCGAAGGAGGAGGCUCCCGCUGCUGCAGCUGCUCCCGCCACUGCUGAGCCGGAAUCUUCCAAGGAAGAAGCCGAAACUCCCACCCCAGAGCCUGUCCCUGCCGCAGAUACUCCCAAGGAGGUUGCUGCGGAACCUACUCCUGAGCAGGCUGCUGUUGCGGCCCCUGAAGCCGCUGAAGAGCCUGUCGAGGCUUCCGCCGAGGCCACUCAAGAGGUUAAGGAGCCUGCUGCCGCCAUCGAGCCUGAAACCGUCGCUGCCGACGAACCGGCCAAGGUCGAACCUGAACCUACCGCAGAACCAGAGGCUGCUACGGAAGCACCUGCUGUUGAAGAGCCCGCCCCGGUUGUUGAGGCUGUCCCGGCGCCCGUCGAAGAGAAGCCCGCGGACCCUGUCGUUGAGACCCCUGCCGAACCUGCUAAGGAACCCGAAGCCCCGGCUGAAGCGACCGAGACUGAAGAGCCCGCUUCUGCGGACCCUACUCCCGAAGCCGCCCAGGAUCCCGCUGCUGAUGUGACGGAGCCCGCCGUUGAGACUGCACCAGCUCCAGCGCUAGCAGCCGCCACGGAGCCUGUCGCUGAGGUCGCAGAAGCAGUCAAGGACGAUUCCGCCGUCGUUGAAACAGAAGCCGCUCCGGAGCCAGUCAAGGAGGAGGCCACCGUCGCUGAACCUGAGCCGGUUACCGAGCCCACUGCCGAGCAGACCAAAGACGAAGCAACUGCUACCCCUGCUCCUGAGGAAAUCUCUGCAGAGGUUACAACGGAUGAACCCGCUCCUUCAGCUACCGAGCCUGAGGCUCCUGCUGCCGAGAUCAAACACGAGGAGCCCGUUGCUGAGGCCGAGCCUACGACUGAGAGUACUCCCGAUGCUGCUGCGGACGCCGCCAAGGAGGACACCCCUGUCCAGCCCAAAGCCGUCCUGGAAGAGACCAAAGCUGAGGAAGUCGUGAGUGCGGAUGAGCCUGCUGCCGCUGUGGAAGCGGCCCCUGAACCGGUUGCUGAGGAGCCUGCGAAGGAGCCCGAGUCUGAGCAGGAGAAGGUCGCAGAGACUGCCGUCGAAGAGACGCCUGCAACUGCUGUCGAGGAGCCCGCCAAGCCGACGGAAGCGGUUCCACCCGCAGAGGAGUCCGCGCCCGUUGAAGAGACACCAAAGGCCGACGAGGUUUCUGCUGAAGCACCGAACGCCGAUGCUGCUCCCGUUGUGAUCCCGGAGGAGUCUGCCAAGGAUGCCGAGCCGGCAGCCGCCGAAUCCGAGCCCGUUGUGGAGAAGGCCGCAGAUGCUGUCGCCGCUGACGAACCUGAGGCCGCGGCCCCGGAAUCCACUGAGGCCGCCACUGAAGAGCAGCACAACCCUGCUAAGGAGGCAGCUGAUGCUACCGAGCCUGAGCCUGCCCCUGUCGAGGCCCCUGACACACAAGCAAAGGUCGAGGCCGUGGAACCUGCUCAGCAGGCUGCCACCGAGGAGCCAGCCACGACUGAGGACGCCGUUGAAAAGGACAGUGGUGCAGAGCGAGAACCUGCUGGUGAACCCGCCAGCCAGGAAGCUGUGCCUGCUCUUGCGGCUGAAUCUGCUACCGAAGCGGCUGCUGCUCCCGAGCCCGAGCAAGCAGUUGAGCCUGCCGGCGAGGCUGAGCGAGAACCUGCCGGAGAAGAACCCUCCGGCGAGGAAGCUGUGCCCGCGGAGGCCGUGGAAGCCCCCGCGGAGGCCACGGAGGAGCCCAAGACGGAGACUGUUCCUGCUGAGGCUGAGGAAGUCAAGGCCGAGGAGCUUCCUGCUGCUCCGGAAGCGGAAGCCCCCGUCGUUGAGGAGGUAGCUCCCGCUGAGCCUGAACCCCCUGUGGCCGCCGCAGAAGACACUCCCGCCGCAGAAACCGAGGCAGAACCCACUGCGACCGCAGCCUCUGAGGCUGAGCCUGCUAAAACGACCGAGGAGCCGAACGCUGCUGAGGUAGAUGGUGCUGACCUUGCUGCUCUUGCCGCCGCUGCAGGCGCUGCGACCACGGCUGCCGUUGUCACAUCCUCCGACGAAAAGGAAGAGGUUGCCCCAGAGCCCGCGGCACAGGAACCUGCUGCUAAGGAGGCCGAAGCUUCUCCCCUGGCUGAGGUCGAGGUUGCUCCGACCGCUGAAGAGCCUGCUCCUUCGGAGGCUGUUCCUGAAGAACCUUCUGCUGAAGCUCCGGCCGCCGAGCCCGUUGCCGCCGCCGAACCUGAGGUGGAAGAGGAGCCUGUCGCCGAGGAAGUGGAAGCUGCCCCCGAAGCUGAGACCGAAGCUCCUAGCGAAGUUCCUGUUGAAGCAGAAGCUGCUGCCCCUCCCGCUCAGCAGGAGGCCGGGGCCCAGGUUGAGGGAGAACCUACUGCUGAUGUGGAGCCUAAGGUCGUUGAGGAAGUCAAGGAGGUUGAAGCAGUCGGCGAGCCGGUCGCCGAAGAGCCACCAGCUGUUGAGCAGGCUGAACCUGCUUCAGAGCCUAAGGCUGAACCCGCAGCUGAGCAGCCCGCGGCUGAAGAGGACCCUGUUGUUAAGGAAGUCGAGGCUGCCGAGCCUGUCGCUGAACCGGCGGCCGAGGAGCCUGUACUCGAAGCUGUUGCGGAAGAGCCUUCCGCGGCCGAACCCGCUGCUGAAGAAUCUCCUGCUGCUGAAGAAUCUCCUGCUGCUGAAGCUGUUGCUCAAGAGCCUCAGGCCGCUGAAGCUGAAGCUCCCACUACUGAAGCUGAGGUGCCUGCUGACGAGGAAAAGGAAGCUGAAGCCGAGGAGACAUCCGACUCCGCCAAAGAGGCCGCCAUCGCUGCCGCCGCUCUCGCCGCUGUUGCUGGCGGCGCUGCUACGGUGGCUGCUGUCAAGCAUUCCCAUGACAAGGUUGAGGACAAGGCCGAGGACAAGAAUGGAAAGGACCUGGACGGUGAAAGGACCAAAGGUGAGAACGAGUUAGCUGAUACCCAACUUGAUGUUUCGCGUGUGAACGAUACCCCAUCCAAUUUGGAUGUUGUUGCUACGGAGGAUGUGGAGGAUAAUGAUGUUUCGGAACCUGCAAAGAAGGAUGUACAAGAUGUUGAAGAGUCAAAGGAGUCAGAGGCGUCGGAGACGAGCACCGUCGUCGCCGAUGAGCCCAAGGUUGAGAAGUCUGUCGAGAAGGAUCACGAUGUUGGCAAGAUUGCUGCCCUGGCUGCUGGCGCUGCUGGUACCGCGCUUAUCGUCGGUGCCGCCACUGUCACUGCUGUUUCUCUGAACAAAGAGGUGGAGAACGGCCACGCACAAAAGCCCCAGACCCAGGCUGAGCCCUCCAGCAAAGCAAUCGAGCAGCCCAUCAUGGCAAAGGAAGCUCCAGCUGAUGGGACGCCGUCGGCCGCUGCGCAAGACGCAGUCAAACAUGACGACAAACCUGCUGCUGAGUCUACGCCUAAAGAGACCGCCGAAGCUACCGCUGCUGAACCUACACCCGGCGCAUCUGCUCCAGCUGCUGCUCCUGAGCCUGCUGCCGAAUCAGUUGCUGAGCCAGCAACUCAGACGGUCGCACCAGCUCAGCCGGAGAACACAGCCGCGGCCAAAUCCAAUGCUGUUACAAGCUCCAAGCCGACUUUCUUCGUCUCUCUGGCCAGACUGAUCCUCUCGCCCUUCUCGUGGCUGCGCUCGAAGCUCUUCAAGACCAAGGCCGCGAAGCAGCCAACCCCCCCUACCGAGGGCAGCUCCUAA